AUGGAAGGGAUUAGAGUGUAUCUCAAGUUCUUUCUCCUGCAAUGGACACCCGUCAAUUUCGGCAACGAAUCCCCCUACUCAAUCAUGUUUGGGCUGGACAGAUGUGGCACCACCAACAAGGUGCACGUCAUCUACAAGCACAAAGGCCCUAAAUCCGACAAGCACAUCGAGCAUCACCUCAAGUACCCGCCAUCGCCAGUGGCUGACAAGCUCUCUCACGUCUACACAGCAGUGAUCUACCUGAACAACACGCUCAAGAUCCUCGUCGACGGCAAGGAGGAGAAGAGCGUCGACCUCCUCUCGAGCGACUUCCAGCCGGCCGUGAUCCCGCCCAAGACCAUCCCCAAUCCCGACGACAAGAAGCCCGAGGACUGGGACGAGCCGGCGAAGAUCCCCGAUCCGGAAGCGACCAAGCCCGAGGAUUGGGACGAGGACGCUCCACUGGAGAUCGAGGACGCGGAGGCGGUCAAGCCCGAUGACUGGCUGGACAACGAGCCGGACGAGGUUGACGAUCCGGAAGCUAGCAAACCCGCGGACUGGGACGACGAGGAGGAUGGCGAGUGGGAGCCCCCGAAGAUCAGCAACCCAAAGUGUGAGGAAGCGUCUGGGUGUGGAGAAUGGAAGAGGCCCAUGAAGAGGAACCCGGACUACAACCCGAUGAUCGACAACCCGGCUUACAAGGGGAUCUGGGCUCCAAAGCAAAUACCGAACCCGGAGUACUUCGAGUUGGACACGCAGGAUCUAGAGCCGAUCUCGGCGAUAGGGAUCGAGAUCUGGACGAUGCAGGACGGCAUUCUUUUUGACAACAUCCUGGUGGCGACCGACGAGGCUGUGGCAGCAGAGUACAGGGAGACGAAAUGGAAGCCCAAGUACGAGGCUGAGAAGGAGAAGCAAAAAAUUGAAGAAGCGACUCCGAGUCCUGACGGCAUCCAGGCAAAGAUGUUUGAGUACCUGCGCAAGGUUGCCGACAUCCCGGCUUUGGCGUCACAGAAGGAAAAGAUUCUUGAUCUUCUGGAGAAGGCCGAGAAGUUCCCAACCAUUUCUUUGAGCGCCAUAGCUGUGAUCCCGCUCGUCGUGGUGGUCACGCUGUUUAAGAUUCUAUUUGGUGGCAAGAAAUCGCCACCCAAGAAGACGAAGGUGACUGUAGAGAAGUCCAAGAAGGAAGACAUCUCCAGCCCGGACGAUUCCAAGGACAAGGCGGAGGACGACGCGGGUGGCAACGAGAUUGAGAAGGAAGGCGAGGGCGCCCGCCAAAGGAGAACCCGACGCGAAUUGUAAGAAAACAGGAGGCGAGAGAGAGCUAGAAGAAUCAAAGCUUUUACUCGAGAGCAGACAAGAGAAGAGAGCUCAAAACGUUGUAUUGUAAGUGGAUGUUUCCCUUUUUUUUGGAUUUUACUUGAAUCACUAUAGUACCUGAAGUACAUAGAAUUGCUGAAUAGAUUCUACGAGAUUCUACUUA